CAGCGGGAGGACGCCGCUGCCAGGAAGGAGCUGCCCGCUUCCAAGAUGGCGGCUGCCGCCGGGAAGGUGAAGCAGGACAUGCCGCCGCCGGGCGGAUACGGGCCCAUCGACUACAAGAGGCACCUGCCCCGGCGGGGGCUCUCCGGUUACAGCCUCUUUGCCAUUGGAAUUGGGGCGCUUGUGUAUGGCUACUAUAACCUUGUGACAUGGAACCGGGAGAGGCGGCGCCUGAGCAUUGAAGAUCUGGAGACACGGGUUGCGCUUUUCCCCCUCCUGAUGGCUGAGGAUGACCGCAGGACCCUACGUAUCUUGCGGCAGAAUCUCGACGAGGAGGCCAAAAUCAUGAAGGACGUCCCUGGCUGGCAGGUCGGGGAGUCUCGCUUCCACACCACCCGCUGGGUGACGCCCACUCAGGAUGAGCUUUUUUACCUGUGCCCGCGGAGCGUGAGCGACAAUGCGAAAUUCGGUUUCCAGUUUUACGUGUGAGCGGUGGCAGGCUUCGCGGGGGGGGGGGGGGCAGCUGGCCAUUCGGCACCCCCUGCCUCCCGAAAGGGGGGGAUAGAUUUCUUAAUAAACAAAGCCCCACGGAAGCCCUUUG